AUGCUAUGCUGGGGCUGCCUACGCUCUGUUCCAAAGAUGCUUUCCCGCAGAAAACAAGUGCCAGGCAGCUCAGAGGGCUCCAGCCUCCACCGCUGCCUCUCCACCGUGGACCUCAUUGCCCUGGGAGUGGGCAGCACCCUGGGGGCUGGGGUCUAUGUCCUGGCAGGGGAAGUGGCUAAGACCAGCUCUGGCCCAAGCAUCGUCCUUUCCUUCCUGAUUGCAGCUGUGGUGUCCGCCCUGGCAGGGCUGUGCUACGCUGAAUUUGGGGCCCGGGUGCCCCUGGCUGGGUCUGCCUAUCUCUACAGCUACGUGACCGUGGGCGAGCUGUGGGCCUUCGUCGCUGGGUGGAAUCUGCUGCUGUCCUACGUCAUCGGUACUGCCAGUGUUGCCCGGGCCUGGAGCGCUACCUUUGACCAGCUCCUCGGCAAGAAGAUGGGGAGGUUUUUGGGUGCUCAUGCAGCCAUGAGCUCUGUGGGGCUGGCAGAGCACCCAGAUGCCUUUGCUGCUGGCCUGGUGGUCCUGCUGGCAGGGCUUCUUUCCUUUGGAGUGAAGGAGUCCACCAUGGUCAACAAAGCCUUCACAGCUCUCAACAUACUCAUCCUCCUCUUCAUCACAGUGAGUGGCUUCAUCAAAGGUGACCUGAGCAACUGGAAGCUCGGGGAGGACGAACUGCCACGAGCAGCUUCCCAUGAGGAUGGGAACCAGUCCAUGGCCAACAACAUGACCAGUGCCUUUGGGGUGGGAGGCUUCAUGCCCUAUGGUUUCACUGGGACCUUGGCUGGAGCCUCUACCUGUUUCUAUGCCUUUGUUGGAUUUGACUGCAUUGCUACCACGGGGGAAGAAGUGAGGAACCCUCAGAGAUCCAUCCCCAUGGGCAUCAUCCUCUCCCUCCUCAUCUGCUUCCUGGCAUACUUCGGGGUGUCUGCUGCCCUCACCCUGAUGAUGCCCUACUACCUCCUGGACACCAUGAGCCCACUCCCAGUGGCUUUUGAGUACAUUGGCUGGAGCAGUGCAAAGUACACCGUGGCUGCAGGGUCACUGUGUGCCCUGACAACCAGCCUCCUGGGCUCCAUGUUCCCCAUGCCACGGAUCCUGUAUGCAAUGGCUCGAGACGGGCUCCUCUUCAAACCCCUGGCCAAAGUUAGUCGCCGUCAGUGCCCGGUGGUGGCAACGCUGGUGUCUGGAGGACUGGCAGCUCUCCUGGCCCUUCUCUUUGACCUGAAAGCCCUGGUGGACACGAUGUCCAUAGGCACACUGCUGGCCUACUCCGUGGUGGCUGGCUGUGUGCUGCUGCUCAGAUAUCGGCCUGGACCCAGCACUUGGGACAAUCCUGUGAGGAAGGUCCCAGCUGUGCAGCUCUGGUGGGACCACCUUGUCCAGCCACCCCUGCAUCCCACCCCACGUUCCUCCUCUGCAGUGGCCUGGGCUCUGACAGCCGUAGCUGCCCUGAUCUGUGCCCUGAGCUGGGUGAGCACUGCUGGGCUGCCCUGCCUGUGGGCUGGGGGUGCCUGGUGCAUUGCAGCUCUGGCUCUGCCUCUCUUGGGAAUCCUGGCAACAGCUCUGCUCAUCUGGAGGCAGCCUCAGAGCCAGGACAGAGCAUCCUUCAUGGUGAGCACUCAGCCCAGCCCUAGGGACAUCCCCAGGGAGAAGGACCUGGGGCACAGAGAGGGAUGCCAUGGAGAAAGAGUUCCCUGCCUGCCCUUCCUGCCGAUCCUCAGCAUCUCCAUCAACAGCAUCCUGAUGGCCCGGCUCAGCGCGGCCGCCUGGCUGCGGUACCUGCUCUGGAUGGCCGUCGGUUUCCUUAUUUACUUUGGCUAUGGGAUCUGGCACAGCACUGAGGGCCAUUGGCCUGAAGGGGCAGCUCCCUGGGAGCCACCGGGAAGCACAGCCAGGGAAGUGGCCCUGGAGCCCCGUGGGACUGCCCCGUGCCCAUCUACUCCGGGGCAAUAA